AUGCCACAGUUUGGACUUACAGGUGCGAUGGUAACACGCAAGAGUCCAUUCCACGUUUCUUACCUCCUUUUCAGCCUCCUUUGGCUUAUUUCUUCUGGAAAACUUCUGUUCCCUGAGCGUUGCCUUCAAUUCUCACGGAGUUCAGCCAGCUCAGUUAUACAAAGCUCUGGAAACAGUGAUGAUGGUUUUGGAAUUAUGGUCCAACGAUCGCCCGAUGGGGCACAAGUGGGCAAUUGGUUUGAACCAGAAAGGGAGUACCUUGUCACGCUGAAAAAUGAACUCCCAAUGGUGACCUUUGAUGAUUUCAUAUUCUGGCUCUCACCUGCAGAACCACCUAUGAUGGGACGGCCCGAUGAAAUGAAUACGACCAGUGAUUGUAAUCGAUCGCCAAAUAAAUGUGUCGGAACCUGGGUCCAUACUCCUCUUAGAUUGGACGGACGUAAAUUGCAUCACAAUCAACGUCGAACUCGUUACGUUGGUCACGUCAUGACCCGCAAUCGACCUGGAUGUCGGGGUUUGGUUGUUAAACGCUAUUCUGCAGGCAGUGUUCCCCGACAAGUUGGAAAAGUUUCAUUGCUUUGGAGAAGUCCCGAUUCAAGCCGACACAACUGUGUCGUUAUUCAUGCUAUUGUUCGCACUCAAACGUCCAUUUUGAAAGAAGUUGGUGGCCUCGUGAAGACAAUAUGCCCAACUGAGAUGCGACCUUUCGAACCAGUCAUUUCCGGAGUUCGCGAAAGUUCUAGUGAUCAAGUUGACAGUCAAAACACCUUACCAAAAAGAUCCCACGUUGAUCCAAUAGAAUCGCAGUCUCGAGAUACUAUUCAACCAAAGGAUUGCUGUGCAUGCGGUACAGCCACUUAUAGACUCACCUUCCAAGGUCUUUGGAACCGUAGCACACAUCCACUGGACUGGCCUUCAAAAAAUCCAAAUCUCCUCCAUUGGACGAAUUUAAUUGGUGCGAGUCAUGCCCCAAGCUUUCAGAUAUACUCCUUGGGACAGACAGCUAGUGCUGGUGUUCAAUCAGUCUGCGCCUAUGGUGAUACAACUGUGCUUCGUGAGGCUCUUUCAUUGGCUGCUGCUAAACCAGAAGGUGAUACAGGAGUUCCUACAGGCAGUCAAACGGCGUCAACAGAGGUGAGUCCACUCAGGGCCCUUAUUUCCACUCCUGGAAUGUGGGGAGAAGAGGCACUGAUGGAACAACGCACAACCCUCUUUUCUGUGAACAGAACUCACCCACUCUUCUCAAUGCUAACAAUGCUAGGCCCCAGUCCUGAUUGGUGCACAGGAAUAUCUGGCCAAUCAUUGUGCAAAGCUGAUUGCACCUGGGUGAAGAAUAUGACGCUAUAUUUGCGUCCAUGGGAUGCUGGUAUUCGGGAGGGAAAUACCUACUUGCCAAAGGAAUCGGAUAGGAAGGAAAUUCCCGAUCCAAUUAGAUAUAUUGACGACACCUGGAUGCCAGGCAAUCCAUUCAGGGAGAAAAACACGGUUGCAAGAGUUCAUAUUGAGAGAAUUCUACCGAAAAAUGACUGGGAGUGCACUAACAAGGAUGCGGAUGGCGUACAACUCUUUAUAAUGGGCGGCGGAAUUCGGGUUUCCGGAAAGACGACCAAAGAAAUGAGGGACAAAAUGGCUGAUAAAAAGCACACAGCGUCUGCAACACAACAGAUAGUGACCGGUAAAGGUCGUGGCAAGGGUUCCAAAUCAGUCGGUUUCGGUGGUCCGGGAUCUAGUGGAACACUCGGAACAAACAAUCCCCUGUCGGAUCCAAGUCUAGCUCAAAUGGCGACCUUCCUUUGCAUUACCAGCGAGUGGUCAGCCUGGUCGCAGUGCUCGGUCACCUGUGGUGUGGGUACCAAAACUCGAACUCGAGAACUCAUUGCCAAUAAGAAGCCUGAAUUGUGUCAACAUUUGCCCCUUGUCAUGGAAGAGAGAGAUGAGUAA